AUGUUAGAAAACCAAAAGUCAAAGAACCCCAGAAACCCAGAAUUACCAGAACACACCGCAGGGUUUACCCUCAAAAGAUUUAAUAGAAAAGAAAUUGAAGAUGCUACCGACAACUUCAGUGAAGGUAACAUUUUGGGUACAACUAGUUUAAGCACUGUGUACAAGGGUAGACUACAAGAUGGGAGGAUGAUAGCUGUAAAGAUUUUGAACAUCACCCAGUUUUCAGCUGAAUCUGACAAGAGCUUUAACAAAGAAAUGAACACACUGGGGAAACUCAGGCAUAGAAAUCUAGUGAAGGUACUUGGUUAUGCAUGGGAGAGUGGGAAGCUAAAGGCUUUGGUUCUUGAAUACAUGGAAAAUGGUGAUUUGGAUAGAAUUAUACACGACUCUGGGAUUGAUAGAUCAAGAUGGGAUUUGUCUGAAAGAGUAGAUGUUUUGGUGUCUGUUGCCAGAGGAUUGGUGUACUUACACUCGGGAUAUGAUUUCCCGAUAGUUCAUUGUGAUUUGAAGCCUUCUAACAUACUUCUGGAUGAAAAGUGGGAUGCCCAUGUGAGUGAUUUUGGCACAGCUAGGAUUCUUGGAGUUCAUCAACAGGAUGGAAGCAGCAUAUCUUCUGCAUCCACAUUUCAAGGCACGAUUGGUUACUUGGCCCCAGAGUUUGCGUAUAUGAAGAAACUAACAACAAAAGUGGACGUAUUUAGCUUUGGAAUAAUAGUGAUGGAAUUUAUCACAAGAAAAGACCCACAGGUGUCCUUACCGAAGAGGAGGGAAUCCAGAUCACUUUGCCACAACUAGUAGACAAAGCACUAUCAAAUGGAAUAAAUGAGGUGAUUGAAAUUGUAGACCCUGAUCUGGCUUGUAAUUUCUCCACGAAGCAGGGUUUCAUAGAACAACUACUUAACUUGGCCUCAUCUUGCACCAAAACGAUUCCAGAAGAUCGACCUGACAUGAAUGAAGUCUUAUCUUCCCUUACAA